GUCGAAUCAAGGGUUUAUAUCCAGGGAACAAAAACGGAAGAAAGUUAUAUACAGGGACUAAGCCGAAAGAUCACUUUUUUGGCUGUAGAAUUGUACGAUCCAGAUCUGAGGAGCCUCUGUUUUUUCAGCAUUGGCCGCCAAUAGCGAAUCUUGCUCGUUUUCGGGAGUCCUGUCCACGAAGCCUGCUUUCUGGGAUUUUUUUUUUUGUAUCUGACCAAACGUUUCCUUGAGUUUGGUAAGCUCAUUUCCUUCACCAAAAGGUCAAACUUCUACCUGGUUCGGUUUUACUAUUCAUUACUCCUCUCUCCAAAUUUGAGUUUUGUGGAUUUAUCCCGUGGCAGUGUUAGCUUGAUCUUUAAUCUGUGUUGAAGAAGAUUGCCAUGUCUGGAACAUUGGGUCGUAAAAUGGCCUCUACGGGCAUUUCUUCUCUGAUUGCAAAUCGGCUUUUGGUGAGAAGCAGGCAAUUUGCAUCCCGAAGCUUCUCUUCAACUGCUAAAGAGAUGACAGUGCGUGAUGCCUUGAAUUCAGCACUUGAUGAAGAAAUGUCGGCAGAUCCUAAGGUCUUUUUAAUGGGCGAAGAGGUUGGUGAGUACCAGGGAGCAUACAAGAUUUCAAAAGGACUUUUGGACAAGUAUGGCCCAGAGAGAGUUAUUGAUACACCUAUCACUGAGGCUGGAUUUACUGGGAUUGGAGUGGGUGCUGCUUACUAUGGGCUGAAGCCUAUUGUAGAAUUCAUGACAUUUAACUUUUCAAUGCAGGCAAUUGAUCAUAUUAUUAAUUCUGCUGCAAAGUCGAACUACAUGUCUGCUGGUCAGAUAUCCGUGCCUAUUGUCUUUAGAGGACCCAAUGGAGCUGCAGCUGGUGUUGGUGCCCAACAUUCUCAGUGCUAUGCAGCAUGGUAUGCUUCAUGUCCAGGACUUAAGGUUCUAACUCCAUACUCCUCCGAAGAUGCUCGUGGCCUUCUCAAAGCUGCUAUUAGGGAUCCAGACCCCGUUGUUUUUCUUGAAAAUGAAUUGCUAUAUGGUGAGUCUUUCCCCGUUUCAGAUGAAGUUCUUGAUUCUAGUUUCUGCCUUCCAAUCGGGAAAGCUAAAAUUGAACGUGAAGGAAAAGAUGUGACAAUCACCGCCUUCUCAAAAAUGGUCGGCUAUGCUCUAAAGGCUGCUGAGAUUCUUGCAAAGGAAGGAAUCAGUGCUGAGGUCAUAAAUUUGCGCUCAAUCAGACCUCUCGAUAGAUCCACCAUCAACUCUUCUGUUAGGAAAACUAACAGACUUGUAACUGUUGAAGAAGGGUUCCCGCAACACGGUGUUGGCGCUGAGAUCUGUGCAACUGUUGUUGAGGAAAGCUUUGGAUACCUUGAUGCACCUGUUGAAAGGAUAGCAGGAGCUGAUGUUCCUAUGCCGUAUGCAGCAAAUCUUGAAAGAUUAGCUGUUCCCCAGAUUGAAGACAUAGUUCGUGCAGCAAAAAGGGCAUGUUAUAGAUCAGUUCCUUUGGCUGCCACUGCAUAGGAAUUUUGGGAUUGACAUUAUAAUUGUAUUCCAAAAUCUGGUCUCUUUUCUUCAACUAAACCUAUGUUUCGAUCUACACCCUCUUUUGAGGAUAUUUAUUCUUUGUCCACAUUGAUUUUGAUAACACACUUUCUCGGUUUCCUUGCAAUGCUUGCCCAUGGACGACCUGAGUACUGAGAAUCAGUCUCAAAACAAACUUUUGUAAAAAUAUAAUAAUAUGAUUGGGGUAUGUAUAUUUGCCCCUACUUUUUAGAUUUCUUCUAGCGCAACCGUUUAAACUGUCAUGCUAAUGUGUCAUUAGCAGCAUGUUUGCCUAUUUGGGGAAUUCUUAAAUUCUGCCAAAAAUGAUUCCAGCAGAAUAUUUGAGAUUGUUAUUUCAGUUUCACAUAGUAACUUUUGGGAAUUGAUGCUUCGUAGUUUGUUUGUAUGGAAAAAUAAUAUAAACACCAAAUUUUGAAGGGGUGUGGGAUAAGCACCCAAACUUACAUAUGCAAUGCGUAUAUAUCCCGA